AUGACUCUGACCGCUCUUCGCUCCUCGUUGCGCCCCUCGCUCUUCUCACUUCUCUCCCGGCAACAAGCCACCAUGGCUUACACUCAGCAACGAUCCUUCUCAUCCUAUCUCGUUACCCCUCAGGAACUCAACAACGCAUUAAAGCACUACCCUUCUAGCGAGAUCUCUACAGCGCCCAGAGUUAUCCCCCUCUGCGCAUCAUGGUUCAUGCCAAACGACCCCGAAGGCCGCACAGGCAUCCAAGCUUUCCACAGAAGCCACAUCCCGCAUUCUCGAUUCUUCGAUAUUGAUGCUGUUAAGGACGAGAAUUCUCCUUACCCUCAUAUGCUUCCCACCAAAGAGCGAUUCGCCGAAGCAAUGAGUGAGCUCGGAAUUCACCGUGAUGACGAAGUGGUUGUCUACGAUACGGCCGAGCAGGGCAUUCUCAGUGCGCCUCGUGUCGGAUGGACCCUACGCUUUUUUGGUCAUCCUAAUGUUUAUAUACUCAAUAAUUUCAGGCUAUGGGUGGAGCAGGGCUUGCCCACAGAGUCGGGAGAUGCCAAACCAUUUACCAAGACAAACUACACAAUUCCUCCUUAUGACGUCGACAAAGUAGUGCAUUUUCCUGAGAUGAAGGAGAUUGCAAAGGAUUACGGCAAAGAAGGAGCCGAUGAGGUUGAAAUUCUAGACGCCCGGCCGUAUGGACGCUGGUCGGGUGAAUCUCCUGAGCCUCGCGCUGGAUUGUCUUCGGGUCAUAUGCCUGGUUCCAAGAGUGUGCCUUUUAGCGAACUCCUUGACCCCAAGACCAAAGCAUUUUUGUCCCCCGAAGAACUGCGCAAGGUGUUUGAGUCCAAGGGCGUUGAUCCAUCAAAGACCAUUAUUACCUCUUGUGGAUCUGGAGUGACUGCGGCGGUCAUUGAGGCUGCGCUUACUAUAGCUGAGUUUGGCGACCCAGCGAAGCGACGAUUGUACGAUGGAAGCUGGACUGAAUGGGCCCAGCGGGUAAAGGAAGAUAGCGGUCUUAUCAAGAAACUCUAA